AUGUCGCCAGCGGGGUCCCCGGAUGGGCCAUCGGCCAGGUCCCCCGAGGUACUUUGGCAACUGGUACAAUUCAAAAAGAUAAAGGCCUUUAACGAUGAGAACGAACUAAAACAGGGACGUUUCGAGUGCUGGUUUGUCAUUGAGCUCCCUCCGGUUGAAGACUCGGGAUUUCGUGUCUGGAUCGUUGUUGUCAGCGGCAAUGCCCAUGCACGCUUCCCAACGGCACGGGACGAGUGCUCUCUACGAGUCAAAGGCCAAACUUGGUGGGAAGCGAGCCGCGUCCCCAACCCCACAACGACCAUCUCAAUACCGGGCGACAACCAAUGCGUCUAUUCCACGUACAAAGUCAAAGUUCCUCGUUCCCUGAACGAUGACAGGCAGCCGCUUUUUGCCCCCUUGGAGAUGGCAAAGGACCCCGAAGAUGGAGCAUUGCGACCAAUCUUCUGCUCUGAGAAGAUGUUGCGGGCAGGUCUUUGCCUCAAGAUAAAGUCAACACCGCAGCUCGAAGACCAGAUACAAAGGAAAGCCGUGCCCGACCCGUGUUGGCAAUUCCAUGAUCCCAAGCAGUACGAUGACAUCUUCCGCUGGGGAACAGAGGAGGACUUCGAGUUCGAGGCCGCAGAGAUACGUAAUUUCAACCUCGAAAGCGUCUACAAGUGCUGGCUCGUUGCCCAGGACACCCACAACGGCGCGCUUUCUCGCUCCGAAUCAAAUGGCGCCAAGCGCCACCAGUACCUUGUUGUGAUGGCCGUGCGAGAAAUCCCAGAAGAUUUCCCCAAGGUGGGAGACUUGUGUGAACUUGCAUUCAAAAGCCACAUUCCUGCGCCGGAGAAGGAUGCGGCCACCACCAAAGAUAACGCGAAGCUCAAGCGGAAAGGGCUGGAAUACCAGGUCGGCGCGCGGCUGGACAACCCCUAUGACAAGAUUCUCUUGGACGAAGGAUCUGCAGCCGGGUCUUCUUGGAACAAUUACUGCACGUUCAAGGUCUCGCUGUGCAAUGACUCUGCCGAAGUCUACUCUCUGCUGGACGGCGUCGAUUGUAAGCUGGACUGGCGCACGAUGUCUCAACGUGACGGCCGCCAAAAGCAUCGAAUGGUGCUGGAUCGGGCAUCCGCUUUUGAAGCACAUGUCUGGAUUAGGAUCAGUACGACGACGAUGACUGUCGAACUGAAUGCAUUGACGGAAGCGCUUGACCAGCCAGUCCACAGUCGUACCCGCGAGGCGAUUUCGUACGUCCGCACUUUUGAGAGAACGACUGAGACAUUCGAUCUUUUUCAAGCUCUUCCCAACAUUCGCAGCGAUCGCAAAUUGCCCGAAAACGUCUCGGCGCUAUUUCAACGCCUUGAUGAAGACCAGAAACAUGCCUACAGAACAGUUCUAAGCAAACUCCCCGCCAGGGUCGGGAUCCUACCAGGCGGUCCGGGUACGGGGAAGACGAGCCUUUUCCUCGCGAUCUCUUCUCUGGCACUCACGCCCAUCGAGGGGGUGCAAAAGACUGGUGGCCCGAUCCUGCUUAUCCUGGAGGCAAAUCGCCCGGCAAACGCUGCCGCAACUCAUGUGGUGCAGCAUUUCGAGAAACUGCAACGGAGCGAAUUGCGAAUUUUGAGGGCAUACAAUUUCAACUAUGAGGGCGUCUGGAGUGCUCGAAAGUAUUUGAAACAAGAAGACAGCGACACACAAUCUUCUGGCGUUAAUUUCGAUGAAAUGUUUGAAGCUCAUCGUCCGGAUCAUGUGCCACAGCUUCGCAGGGGUCGCAAGGGCGAGUGCCUUGCCCCAAACCUAAAGGAAGCAGCGCAGCAGUACUUGUCAGACCACCUGGAAGAUUUUCCAAGAUUUUCAGAACUACUCCGCGCGGAGCAUCCAGCUGCAUUCAAGAACCGCCCAUCUUUUGAUGAAGACGUACGGGAGGAGUGGGAUAAACUGUUCAAAAUCGUACUGGGUGAGACUGACUUUGUGAUCACGACCACCGUUGGAGCGGCAAAGAUCGCAAAGUACUUUCGUCCGACCCUUGUUCUGUUUGACGAGGCAUCUCGCUCUCGGGAGCUUGGCACCCUCGCAGCUAUCACAAACUUCCCAUCUGCCGAAGCCUUCCUUUUCACAGGCACCGUGGAGAUGACAAAGCCGUACCUCGCGUCUCACGGCAGCCACCUUUGGAACCCUUGUACCGAGCAGCUGAGGACAUCGAUGAUGGCGAGGUACUUGCACACAGUGCCAGACACACCCCGUCUUUCACUGAACCAUCAAGCCUAUGGGAAUUUGCACCGCCUCUCAUCUGAGUUGUUUUGGGACGGCGGUAUUCACUCUGCCCUGCCAAGGGAAGAGCGAUUCCCUCCGUCGACGAUGCACCUGCUCCACUACUGCAGAGACCUCGCCGGGAACCAGGCGUUGACAUUCCCUCGGCUGCUGGUUCAUGUGAGUGGCUUCAGUGAGGAGGACUUCAAGCAGAGGAGCAAAUUAAACAAGAGACACUUGAAUUGGGUGGUCCAGAAAAUAAUUCGGGACCUUGUUCAAGAUCCAGAUUUUCGAUCGACAGAUGGGAACGAGCCUGGCAGCAUAAUAGUCACUACACCUUACCGUGCACAGUUCACGCUUUAUCGGAAGGCCAUCAACAGUCUGAUGCGUGACCUGGACCGCGAGCAUCAGCUUUCAGGCAGCCGGGGCCGAAGGUUGCACAGGGAGGUCCAAGUCCAACCAGCGACGGCCGAUGUCGUCCAGGGCCACUCGGGAGACGUGGUCAUCCUGGACCUCGUCAACUGGGAGAACACCCCACAUGUAGCAGAUCCCAACCGGCUGUGUGCCGCUCUGACGCGCGCCAAACAGGCCGAGUUUGUGAUUAUGGAAAGAACCAUGUUGUUGCAGCGGGACAGGCCGAGGAGGUGGAACUUUGGCUACAUAGGACCACACAUCAGGCUGCUCCAUGAGCACUGCGACUCCCUGGGGCAGGUCAUCGCUGUGGACCCUGUGGAUGACAGCCAGUCCAGGAGGAGUUACAGCCUACACCGAGCGGAUCCUCCUGCUGGAGCCGAUGUGUCUGCGGUGCCUCGGCAGCUCCCGGAGCUCCCGCCCGAUCUUGACCAGCCGCGGGAGGACGGAAAGGCUGAAGAGCUUCCUGAUGCUGCUGUUGGGUCCGGCCUGUCAGCUUCAGACGGUAACGAUGAAGAUGGUGACGUUGAAGACAUGUUGGGACUUGCGGCCAAGUUUGGGUUCGAGAUGGUGAGGAAGGCUAUGCAGCUGGGUCUUGAUCCCUUGGCGGGUUCGACUGAGGGUGUGUAG